UCCUGGACUGCGAGCCUCGCUUCGUCUGCGCUGGCCAGGGCGACCGGGGCUUCUGCGGCCCGGCGGCGGCCAGCGGCGUCGACGACCCUGGCGGGGGGCAAGCCAGGAAGGUGGUGCUGAAGGCCCGGGUGGCCUCGCGGCGUCGCGCUGGCGCUGCGGUAGGGGGCGGCCUCUCCGGCCUGGAGGCGGCCUCGGACCAGCCCCGCACCCGCGACCAGUACCUGUCGCUGUACCAGGCGUUCCAGGCGGGGCUGCAGCGGCCCGCCCCGACGGUGGAGGCCAAGGUGGACACGCUGCUCGCCAACUGGCUCGAGGUCAUGUACUCGGACGGGGACAGCCCCGGCAGGGCGAAGUGGGGGUUCGCGGUCGGGACCUUCCUCAAGGGACUGCGGAUGGCGGCGGGGGCGCUGAUGCCGCGCAGCCGCAGGGCCCUCCAGGGCUUCAGGCGCCCGCAUUUGAGGCUGCCGCUUCCGUUGGAGGUAGUGGCGCUGAUCGCCAUUGUGAUGGUGAGGGACGGGCUGCUCGCCCACGCCCUCGCGAUCCUGGUGACCUACGUGCUGUACCUUCGGCCGGGAGAAGUAUCCGCGAUUCGCGCGGCAAUCUUGGCGCCGCGGAUGCCCGGCGCUGCAGCGUUGAGAUCGACUCUCCGCCUCCUGGCGUUCAACCCGCUCCACGCUGUGGGGGCCAGACUCUCGGAGCUGCUGACCGGCUGCCGCGCCGCGGACGCCCUCCUCCUCGCGGGCACCAAGGUGCACUGCCACUCUGGAGGAGAGGGAGUCCUCCGUCGUCGGUGUGAAGGUCGACUUGUGCUGGAGGCGCCGUACACCGAGGGGGCGUACACGAACCGCAGCGCGGGCUGCGUCAUCGCCCUGGGGGAGCGGUUCCGCGACUCCCACGUUGUCCGUGCAUGGGGAUCGCCUCCAGGAGCAGGAGGACGGGCCCUAGCGGCUCGGAUGCGCAAGGCCGGCCUUGACAUCUUGGUGGGGGUGAUCUACUUCCCGCCGCAACCGAGGGAGCGCAUCCAGGUCAGCCGCUACCUACACACGGCGAAGCUGCUGCCAGACUGGCGGCAGCAGAUACUCCAGGAGGCGCCUACGAGGACGCUUCCAAUUUUUUACGCCGACCUGAACGACGGUUUGGGGAUCCAGAAGCAGGUUGGGGGAUGGACUACACAGCCGUCCCAGGCCCUUGGACAUCUUCGCAGUCGAGAGCAGCGACGAGGAGGUGCGGGGGAGUUGGUGAGGGGCCUGUUGGAUACCCAGCACAUGGCCGCCCCGUCUACCUUCGCAGACAAAGUUGAGUACACCUUCUAUACGACCAGGACACCACCCUCGGGCUCGGUCAUCGAUCACUUCUUCAUCCCACUGGGCUGGCUUCCCCGUGUGCUGCGCUGCCACGUUCUGCACGGCCUGGGAGCGCAGUGGCAAGUGCUACCAGGGGCGCCUCCGAGGGGCCACCUCCCCCUCUUGCUCGAGCUUGAGAACGAAAAGGAUGCCUGGGCCUUGCCGCCCAUGCCCCCGCAGCGCCUUGACUGCGCGAGGUUGAUGCAGGCGGUCCGCCACGGGAAGGGGAAAAAAG